AUGGUUAUACGGGUAUCCAAAGUACGAACGAGAUGGAUGUUUGUUGUCCCAACCAUUCUUGUUAGUCCCAACCCAGAUACGAAAGGGAGUAGGUAA